AUGUCCCAAGAGGCCUCAAAUUCCACUGCUUCCACUGCAAAAGAAGCCCCGACGCAUAGCAUACCCAAGCAAGCCUACACCUCCAUCGAGUAUCCCGGCCCCGUGUCUCAUCCUUCCGCUAUCCUACAGUAUUGUUCUCAGGAGACGAUCAACGAGUGCUUCAAUGCGCCUCCAGCGGUCAGAGCAAGCCUGGAAGUCAGAUUCAGAGGAGACGAAGCGGGUCCGCCAGUAAGAGGGACCAGGUCGCAACGGGCCAAAUUGCUUGUGAAGGUGGUCAGGCGAAGGAAGAAGACAUCAGGCAGUGGUGGAGACAAGCCGGAGGGAGGAGUGUUCAAGUUGGAAACAAUGGGCUCUAUAGGAUCCACUGUGAGAUUUGUUGCGAUGGCUGACCACCACUGGACGCCCGAUCCGGAGGGACCGACAGCGUCCAUCAUCAAAGCUCUCAAGAAUCUCGAUUAUAAUGCUAUCUUGGACUAUAGCUAUACACCAUUGGACGAGAACUACGUUGAACCUAACCCCGACACAUCUGAUCCGGACAUCCCUUUCAGAUCACGACUGGAUCUACAACCCCCUCCCAUAUUCUCUACAAGAGCAGUUCCGAGCACGUUCAACUACAAACUUCCCACAACGGUCGUCGCUCAACAAACGACACACCCCAUCACCGGUGCCCCGAGGACGCGAUACGUCAACACCUCCCGCAAGACUGGCUAUGCUCCCCAAAUCAUGCAACAUGAACAUACUCUUGGUGAUGUUCCUCAGCAACCCAACGAACAGGUCAAACAGGACGCAGAGAAGGGAUUGGACAAGGCGCUUUUGUCGAGACUGAAGGAGCUUUUCGAACAGAGGAAGGUGUGGGGAAGAGAGGCUUUGAUGUCAGAGUUGACGGAAAGAGAAAGAAGAUUGGUAAAAAACAACAAGGCAUAUGUCCCCUCUGUGGCCUACGUGAUCACAACAGGUGUCUACUACAAAUGUCUUGUCAAGUAUGGCUACGAUCCAAGACUUGAUCCUGAAUCGCGCUGCUGGCAAAAGAUGUCAUUCUAUGCGCAUAAGCAAACCAUCAAAAACCCAAUUACCCGGCCCGACGACGACGAGGAAGUGGAUCGGCAAAAGGGUUGGUGGGAUGAUGAGCAAGAGCGGCUCAUAGCGGAUGGUGCACGCCCGCCUCUCGAUCCCUGGAAGGUCCACAUAUUUGAUGGACAAGUACUCAACCGAGAGCGAGCCGACUACCAACUCUGCGACAUCACAGAUCCAUUUAUCUCCAAGUACAUCGAGAACACAGACCACCUGUCCAAGACUUGCUCGGUCAAAUCUGGAUGGUACACCUUCUCCUACUUUACCCUUCUCAAGGGUCUUGUCCGCGCGAAAUACAUGUACCUCUGGGAGAACGGCCAGCCGGCCCCAGACGAAGUGUGCAGACCGGUCCUGGAGGAAUGGGAGAAGGGUCGGCUGGGUUCCACACGAGAUGAAGACGAAGAGGAAGGGAUGGAUGAAGAGGAGACGCUCAAUAUAGGAUCGAUUGAGCCUGGGCGGGAGCCUGAGUUUGAGAGCGAUAGUGAAAGUGACAGUGAAAGUGAUGUGAAUGCGGGAGGUAGGGGAGAGAACGGUGACCGUUCUGAUGAUGCGGAAGAGGAUCAAGGGGACGAAUGA